GGGACAGCAGGAGGAGGUGGGACUUUAGUUACCGUCCAUCUUCAGCUACAAUAUAGAGCGAGCCUGUCGAAAAGAAAACACAAUUUGGAAGUGAAGAAGACUUUUUGGAAUUAGUUUUGGCUGUAAUUGAAAAAAGACAAACGAAAGCCCCUACCUUAGAUAGACAGUGUGUUACCUCCACGCAUCUAACUGUGACAGACGGAAUGUGGACAGUGUCGUAGUCAGAGCCAUGGCUGACAAGAGAAAACUACAAGGCGAAAUCGAUAGAUGUUUGAAAAAAGUAGCAGAAGGUGUAGAACAGUUUGAAGACAUCUGGCAAAAGCUUCAUAAUGCAGCCAAUGCUAACCAAAAGGAAAAGUAUGAGGCUGACCUCAAAAAAGAGAUUAAAAAAUUACAGCGACUAAGAGACCAGAUAAAAACAUGGGUCGCAUCAAACGAGAUCAAAGACAAAAGGCAGCUAGUGGAGAACCGCAAACUAAUAGAAACGCAAAUGGAGCGGUUCAAAGUUGUGGAGCGUGAGACAAAAACAAAAGCGUACUCAAAAGAAGGUUUGGGUCUGGCUCAAAAAGUGGAUCCAGCCCAGAGGGAAAAGGAGGAGACGGGGCAGUGGCUAACGAAUACGAUAGACAUGUUAAACAUGCAGGUGGAUCAGUUUGAAAGUGAAGUCGAAUCACUCUCGGUCCAAACAAGAAAAAAGAAAGGAGACAAAGAGAAGCAAGAUCGCAUUGACGAACUGAAGAGGUUAAUUGAGAGGCAUCGAUUUCACAUUCGAAUGUUGGAGACCAUAUUACGCAUGUUAGACAACGACUCGGUGCCAGUGGAUGCUAUUCAAAAGAUCAAGGACGACGUAGAAUACUACAUAGAUUCCUCUCAAGACCCAGACUUUGAAGAGAAUGAAUUCCUGUACGACGACCUGGAUCUAGAGGACAUCCCUGCAGCGCUAGUGGCCACGUCUCCGUCGGGUCAGGGCAACAUGGAGGACGAGAUGUACCUCCACUCCAGCAGCACUCCCACCUCCACCACCUCCUCCUCCCCCAUCCCUCCAUCCCCAGCCACCUGCACUGCUGAGAACUCUGAGGACGAUAAGAAACGGGGCCGCUCGACAGACUGCGAAGUUAGUCAGUCACCUGUGAAAAACGGCACCCCAUCUCUGCUCUCCUCCUUCUCCUCCUCCUCGACAACCUCUGGCUCGUCAUCCUCCUCUUCUCUUGUUUCCAUGGCGAGUGUUGUUGGUGGCAUUCCUUCGGUUCCUACGAGCAGCGGUCUCAUAGGGAGCUUCAGCAGCGCGGUGCAGCAGCAUCAACACCCUCCACCAGCACCGUCACAGACGGUGACGCAGCCGCCUCAGUCCAAGCCCUCUGUCCCGGCUCACAGCACCCCCAGUCCCCCCACCAACCCCCUCCUGCCCUCCUCCUCCACCCCCUCUCUGCCCACGCCCAGCUCACCCAGCUCUUCUGCCCCCUCUUUACCCUCCCCCUCGCCUGCCUCCAGCUUGAGCCUGGGACUGGGUCUGGGGCUGAGCAAAGGCCUGACGGGGAGCAGCUCAAGUCAGAUGGCGGGACUGGGCUUAGGCCAUGCCCCUUCGCUAAACUCCAUGUCAGCGGGGUACGCUCAGGCCGCCGCUUCUGGAGCUCUGGGGCUGAGCAGCACUUCACAGUCCAGCAUUUCAUUGGAGAGCACCUCUAUUUCCACCUCCAGUGUCACCACCAACGGGACGGGCUCCGGCCUGGGUCUGUUAGGCUCCAGCCCGGCGCACAGCUCUCUGAGCAGCAGCAUUUUGGGACUGGUCCCGGGACAAAGUGUGGCCCCAGGGGCCCCUCAAGUACCCCCUGUCAGCUCGCCCCCUGGUGUGGUGGGGCUGAUGGGAGGAAACGGAGGCAGCGUUGGAGUGGUCGGAGGAGUCAACUCUGCACCGGCCAGACCACCGAGCGGACUCAAACAAAACGGUAGCACAAGUUACAGCGCGGUCGUGGCAGAGAGUUCUACAGAGUCGGCUCUGAGCACACCGAGCCAAUCCCAAAGCAGCCAGCCCUCAUCGCUCAGCUCCUCCACCAGUCAGCCGAUGGACAAUGGGCCCAGUUUAAUAAGCUCCAUCACUUUGCCUCCGAGCUCUCCGUCCCCGUCCUUCUCUGACAGCACACCAGGGGGCGGGAGUCUUCUCAACGGGCCUCACUCGUACUCUCAAGCCUCUGAGGGCCUCAAGGCCCCGGAGCCUCUGAGUUCUCUGAAGGCGAUGGCAGAGAGAGCAGCUCUGGGCUCAGGUUUGGACGGAGAGAUCAGCAACCUGCAUUUAACAGACAGAGAUAUUUUCUCUGGCCCGUCUGCGGCGCCCGGCACGCCCGCUGCUCCACAACCGUCCGUCUCUGAGGUCAGCAUCCCGCCUUCGCUCGGGGUGUGUCCUCUGGGGCCCACGCCGCUGCCCAAAGACCAGCUGUACCAGCAGGCCAUGCAGGAGUCUGCCUGGACACACAUGCCCCACCCCUCAGACUCCGAGAGGAUCAGGCAGUACCUGAUGAGGAACCCGUGUCCAACGCUGCCGUUUCACCACCAGGUGCCGCCACAUCACUCUGACUCUAUCGAGUUCUACCAGAGACUGUCCACAGAAACACUGUUCUUCAUCUUUUACUACUUGGAGGGCACAAAAGCUCAGUAUCUGUCGGCCAAGGCUCUAAAGAAACAGUCGUGGAGGUUUCACACCAAGUACAUGAUGUGGUUCCAGAGACAUGAAGAGCCCAAGACCAUCACAGACGAGUUUGAGCAGGGCACUUACAUUUACUUUGACUAUGAAAAAUGGGGCCAGCGGAAAAAGGAGGGCUUUACCUUCGAGUACAGGUACCUGGAAGACCGUGAUCUACAGUGACAGCUACAGAACGGACAGAGACAAAACGUGCUGCUGUUGACAUUCCGAGACUGAACUCCAAACUGUGGAUAGAGAUUGUGAUGUGUAGUAGAAGCCUCUGUGCGCCCUCUGGUGGCAGACUGCUGUCUGUCCCUGUGGGCCGGUCACACAGUGCUGCAGGGGCUCAGGGGCUGUGCCUGUCUGUGGCAUUAGGAAAGCCUACCCCAUGCAUGUUUCUCAUGUUUCGUUUUCUUUUUCUGUUUCAACAAAUUCUCUGUACCACCUGUCCAUCAUGAGCCUGGAAACCUUCGACUCAACACAAACCAACUGGGGAUUUAUUAGAAAACUGCCCAUCUUGUAUUUACUGUAAUUGGUGGUUUAGACUUGGAAGUACAGUGGACAUUUAGUCAUGGAGUGUAGGAGUGGCUUCUUUUAAGACCCUGAGAUGCCUGUUAAUAUGGUCACUAUUGGACAUAGUGAGCGCUUAUCAAAAGUUUUAUUGAUAUUGUCUUGGUCAAUUAAACGCUGAUUGAGAGUGACCACAGGGCCUCUCCCUGUGACAGGGAAAGAGUCCUUAUUGGACAUGGAUUAAAUUGCUAUGCAAUUGAACUGGUCUCUGACUCCCUCUCUUUACAGAAAAUGUUUUUAAGUUAUCCUGUCAAAGAAAUGCAUUAUUAUGGCGCAUUGUUUGUGAGAAAUUAAUAAACUUGUAAAAUAAAUCUUAA